AUGAAGAGUGGGGUGCAGUGGGAUCUAUUGACAUCUCCAGAGUGGUUUAUUUACGCCGCUGGCGAUAGCGCGCUUCAUGUCACUGGUGCUGUCGCCUCUAUUCCGACAGGUGUUCUUCAGCAGCGUCCCUGCAUCUUGCUGUGGUUUCAUCGCGAGGACGCCUACGUGGAGUGUGAUGCACCACUUCCAGAGACCACCAUGUGGUUUGCGGACUGGUGGAGGAGCUUACAGCGCGGUCUGCUGUCCCCCAGUGUGGAGUCCGCUGUACAUCUGUUGAUUCGCUCUCGGCAGGAGUCUUGCGAUGAGGCCACAGAACCGUGUUCAACUCAGUGCUGUUUGUGCCUUGUUGUGGAGAGUGACGCGGCGUGGCGGGCGCACUGGAGCCAGAGACCACUUGCAACGGCGUCGACACCAGCUUUUGUCACAACUUUCUCAGCGCACGAGGAGGUUGCGGAUUCCGCCUGUCAGUGCCUCUCUGCCCUUGCGGAUGCGGAUGAAUCCUCCGCCCCACAGAAGCAACCGUCGCUGGCGGAUCCGAUUUUCUCCGAGAAUGUGUUCGAGCUAAUCGCUUUGGAGCCCUCCGCGGAGUCCUCGACGAAACACCGCUACCUGUGGAGCAGGUGA